AUAGGGAAGGACACGCAGGGAGAGUGUUGUUUUGGCGCAGUAAGAAAAUCUUGGCGGCUCUCUGGGCUUUCUCUCGGUUACAUUCACUGUCGACAGGGCUUCAUUUUUUGUUUUCAUAUAUUUAAACAUCAUUGCAUUCGGUCAUUUUAUAUCAGAAAUAAAUAUUUAUAUACAUAAAUAAUAAAAAAGAAAAUGAGCUCAAUCAACGUCAAAAAGCUAAAGGUAAAUGAGUUGAAGGACGAGCUGAAAAAGCGGCACCUCUCCGACAAGGGGCUGAAGGCCGAAUUGAUGGACCGGCUGCAGGCCGCGUUGGAUCAAGAGGCCGAAGCUGGAGCUGCUUUCGCCGGGCCCGAAGCCGAGGAAAACGGCAACGAUGGCGGUUACGACGGUACGAGUGGCCUGAACGAUAUGGGCGAGGAGUAUGUGGAAGACGAUCCGGUUGCAGAGAGCAUGGAGGCCGACGAGUUCGAGGAUGGAGACGGGGGCGAAGCCAACGAUCCCGCCGCCGCCGCCGCCGCUGAUGAGGGUGCAGAGAUCGCUGGGCAAGAGGACGACGACAUGGGGGAGGAAGAGGAGGAAGACGCCGGCGUGGAGAUGGAUAAAUCGGACGAAGACGAGGAUGCGAUAUUAAAAGAGGAUGAGGAAAUGGAAAAAUUUGACGACGACGAUGGCGCAGCGGGACCCCAGCCGGCUGAGGGGGAUGCGGACACAGACAAGAAAGCUGAACAGAAGAAUAAGAAGGGUGUUAAGAGACGCCGGGAGGAACAUGGAAGGGGCUACUUUGAAUUUAUUGAAGAAAGCAAAUACAGCCGGGCCAAGUCUCCACAGCCCCCCCUAGAGGAGGAGGAUGAGGAGUUUGAUGACACGACUGUCUGCCUUGACACGUACAACUGUGACCUGCACUUCAAAGUGUCCCGGGACCGAUACAGCGCCUCCUCCCUCACCAUGGAGAGCUUCGCUUACCUGUGGGCUGGAGGGAAGGCCUCCUACGGCGUGGCCAAGGGCAAAGCCUGUUUCGAGAUGAAGAUCAUCGAAAAGAUUCCAGUCAAGCACAUUGUCAGCAAGGGCACAGAGAUCCACGAGGUUCUGGUGGGCUGGUCCCUGGCCAGCAGCGGGCUGCUAUUGGGUGAGGAGGAAUACUCUUACGCCUACUCUCUCAAGGGGAAGAAAACUACCAACUGUGUGACGGAAGACUUUGGCGAGUCUUUUGAUGAAAAUGAUGUCGUCGGUUGCUUCAUUAACUUUGAGAGUGACGAGGUGGAGCUCUCCUUCUCCAAGAACGGUCAGGACCUGGGUGUGGCCUUCCGGGUCAGCAAGGACGCCCUUGCCGGACGAGCCCUCUUCCCACAUGUCCUCUGCCACAACUGCGCUGUGGAGUUCAACUUCGGCCAGAGGGAGGCGCCGUACUUCCCUGUGCUGGAGGGCUUUACCUUCCUGCAGCAGAUCGCCGUGGACGACCGCGUGCGUGGCCCCAAGGGUCCCGAGACCAAGGAGGAUUGCGAGGUUAUUGUUAUGGUCGGCCUCCCGGGAGCAGGAAAGACAGCCUGGGUUAAGAAGCACACAGAAGAGAACCCUGGGAAAUACAACAUCCUCGGCACCAACACCAUCCUGGAGAAGAUGAUGAUCACUAGUCUGAAGAGACAGAUGAAGGACACCACCAAGCUGACCGCCAUCUCCCAGCGCGCCCCUCUCUUCCUGGGAAAGUUCAUCGAGAUCGCCGCCCGCAAGAAACGCAACUACAUCCUGGACCAGACCAAUGUGUCAGCCCCUGCCCAGCGGAGGAAAAUGUGUCUGUUCGCCGGGUUCCAGCGCAAGGCCGUGGUGGUGUGCCCCACAGACGAGGACUACAAGCAGAGGACACAGAAGAAGGCCGAGACAGACGGCAAAGAUGUCCCCGAGCACGCCGUCCUCAAGAUGAAAGGGAUCUUCACGCUGCCAGAGCCGGGCGAGUACUUCAGCGAGGUGACCUACGUGGAGCUGCAGAAGGAGGAGGCGACCAAGCUGCUGGAGCAGUACAAGGAGGAGAGCCGCAGCCUGCCCCCCGAGAAGAAGCCCAACCAGGGCGGCCAGCCCCCCAAGAGGGGUGGGAACAGAGGCCGGGGCGGCAAGAGCCCGUUCGGCAGGGGGGGACCGGGCCUGAGGGGCGGCCGCGGCGGGUUCCAGAACAGAGGCAAUUUCAGGGGAGUGCCAGGACCCCGCGGUGGGUUUAGCAGGCCCCCCCGAGGAUUCAUGCCCCCCCCUGCCUUCCGGGGCGGCUUCUCCAACCGCGGCAACUUCAACCGGGGCGGCGGCAUGCCCAACAGGGGCGGGGCCCCGAGGGGCGGACCUGUGCGGGGCAACAUGGGCAACAGGGGCGGGGCCAUGCACCGUGGCAACAUGAACCGAGGAGGCGGGGCCAACCGAGGCAACUUCAGCCAGCAAUUCAGAGGCAGAGGAGGCAACAACCGCGGCUUCAAGAACGGCAACUUCGGCAUGAACAAGGCACAGGCCUUCAACCAGAGCUGGCAACAAGGGUUCUGGAACCAAAAGCCAUGGAGCCAGCAGUACCACCCGGGAUAUUAUUGAGAGCGCGCAGCUGAGAGACUGGCAGCAAGCUGACACCCCGACCCCGCCGCAGGCAAAGGCUCAUCCAUUACAGCAUUUCUCUUUUUAGUCAUACUUUUAAAGGAAAAAAAAACAUUCCACAGCUGAAAGAGAAGCACCUGUGGGUUCUAUUCAAAGCUUUAUGGGUUAACUUUUCAUUUUUUUGUAUAUUUUUCGUUAUUGUAAAAUCCCAUGCUUUAAGGUGUUAACUAGGAUCCUCAGCAUUAUUCAGU